AUGACCACUACGCCGGCGGCGGCAGUGGCCGGGCUCUCGGCCGAGCCAGCUCAGGGACAGACCAUAGAACACGACGGCAAGCGAUACACGACCAUCAGGGAAGGACUCGCGUACAUCUUGGUGCCCGAGGCGGCUGGCGAUGAAGUCAACGGCGCCAGCAAGCAUCCCGACCGGGCUGCAACCUCAGGUGAGGGUGCGCCGCAGACGGUCUUUUACAAUCCGAUACAGCAGUUCAAUCGCGACUUGAGCGUGCUGGCGAUCAAGGCAUAUGGCAAGGUCGUCAUGGAGAAGAGAAUGAGGCUUGCGCAGCGGCGCAUGGAGAUGUUUGCGGACAAGAAGAGGAAGAGGCAGGAGAAGAGGGAGCACCGAGAGGAAGGGGAGAGGCCGCAAAAGGUUGCCAAGACUACGGAUGAGGGGGCCGCUACGUCGGCAGAGGCGGCGGAUGCGAACCCUACGGCGGUGGCGGAGGAGGCUGAAGCACCCGUCGCUGAACAGCAGACAGAAGUGGAGGCUGCAGCACCUGCUGACCAGGCCGAAGGAAAGACUUCUGAGACACCGGUGAAGCUGCCAAAUGACAAGGUGCCUCGUUUGAAGAUCCUCGAUGCGCUCUCGGCGACCGGGCUGAGGGCGUUGCGCUAUGCCCAUGAACUUCCGUUUCCGACCAUGGUGACAUCGAAUGAUCUCCUGGCGGCUGCAGUCGAUUCUAUCAAAGUCAACGUGAAGCAUAACAAGUUGGAUGACAGCAUCCGCGUGAACCAUGGCAACGCCCAAGGACACAUGUAUAGUGUUCAUGCCGACGAACUGACCAGGAGCAUGCUCGCGCCAUCUGGCAACAAACACCGGCGACAAACCCCCCAAGAACAGCUCAACAACCUGGGUGGCAAGUACGACGUAAUUGAUCUUGAUCCUUACGGUACUGCGGCCACCUUUUUCGACUCGGCGGUGCAGGCGGUCCGGGACGAUGGCGGCCUCCUGUGCGUCACGUGUACGGAUCCGGGCGUGUGGGCCUCGAAUGGCUACCCUGAAAAGGCAUACGCGCUAUAUGGAGGCAUACCAAUGAAAGGUUUCCACUGCCACGAGGCCGGCCUGCGUCUGAUUCUCCAUGGUCUCGCUUCGUCAGCCGCCCGCUAUGGUCUGGCGAUCGAGCCGCUGCUGUCGCUCUCGAUAGAUUACUACGCGCGCGUGUUUGUGCGCGUGACUAAGUCCCCGGCAGCCGUCAAGUUCCAGGCGGGCAAGACCAUGGUCGUCUAUAACUGCGAUGUUGGAUGUGGUGCUUGGGAGACGCAGCUGCUCUUGAGGAACAGGCCGAUGCCCAACAAGAAGGGUGGCGGCGUCUUUUACAAGCACGGUUUCGCACUGGGUCCCACGGCAGACAAAGUUUGUGAACACUGCGGCACCAAGACGCACCUCGCUGGACCCAUGUACGCCGGAAGGUUACACUCGCCAGAGUUCAUACAGUCGAUCCUUGACGACCUGCCGAAUGCAUCAACCGAGGUCUACGGCACGACUGAUCGUAUCAAGGGAAUGCUGACUACGGCGCUGGAGGAGAUCAUGGAACCCAGACUGGAGGACAGGGAAGCGAUUCCCAAGAAGCACAUCCGACACGAACAAGAGGUUGCGGCGGCCAACAAGGGCCAGCCGGAUGAGCAGACAAACGGCGACAAGAGUCAGGAGAGCAAAGAACAAGCAAGCAGCGUCAACGUCACUGCGCCAAAGCUCAGCAAAGAAGAGAGGCUCGCCGAGCUUGAGCCGUACCCAUUCUUCUGGAGCCCUUCCAUGGUGGCCAAGGUGCUGCACUGCCAGACGCCUAACGAGGAUGCCAUCAGGGGUGCGCUGAAGGGCCUCGGGUACCGGGCGACUCGCAGCCACUGCAAGCCCGGCAGCGUCAAGACGGACGCGCCCUGGUCGGUGGUCUGGGAUGUGAUGCGCGAGUGGGUGCGGCAGAAGUCGCCAAUCCACGAGGGCAGCUUGAAGGAGGGCUCGCCAGGAUGGCAUAUCAUGCAUGGGCUGCCUUCAUCGGCCCAGGUGACCAAGGAUGCCGGCGAGAAGAUGGAAGGUGUCGAGGGACAGGAGCAGCAGUCGGAGAAGAAGGAGGAUGGCCAAGCAAGCAAGUUCGAAGUUGUGUUUGACGAAAAGCUCGGUCGUGAGAGGAACAAGGAGAAGCUUACCAGGUAUCCGGUACACCCGGAGAACUGGGGACCGCGGAGCAGAGCUGUUGGCGAGUAG